GCCGGGCUGCGCCCCGCGCCCUUUUCGCCGCGAUGAAGCGCCCCUGCGAGGAGACGACCUCGGAGAGCGACCUGGACGAGACCAUCGACGUGGGAAGCGAGAACAAUUACUCGGGGCAAAGUUCUAGCUCUGUGAUUAGAUCGAAUUCUCCAACAACAACAUCUCAGAUUAUGGCAAGAAAGAAAAGGAGAGGGAUAAUAGAGAAAAGGCGUCGAGAUCGGAUAAAUAACAGUUUAUCCGAGUUGAGGCGACUGGUGCCAACUGCUUUUGAAAAACAAGGAUCUGCAAAGUUAGAAAAAGCUGAAAUAUUACAAAUGACAGUGGAUCAUUUGAAGAUGCUUCAGGCAACAGGGGGUAAAGGCUACUUCGAUGCACACGCGAUUGCCAUGGACUUCAUGAGCAUCGGGUUCCGAGAGUGCCUGACGGAAGUGGCCAGGUAUCUGAGCUCAGUGGAAGGCCUGGACUCCGCGGACCCCCUGCGGGUGCGGCUGGUCUCCCAUCUCAGCACGUGCGCCUCGCAGCGGGAAGCAGCGGCCAUGACCUCCUCCCUGGCCCACCACCACCACCCGCUGCACCCGCACCACUGGGCUCCCAUGCUCCCCCCAAACGCCGCCGCUGCCGCGGUGGCAGCCGCCACAGCCAUCAGCCCGCCCUUGUCCGUAUCAGCCACAUCCAGCCCUCAGCAGACGAGCAGUGGAACUAACAGUAAACCUUACCGACCCUGGGGGACAGAAGUGGGCGCUUUUUGAGUUGUCAUUGAACUUGUUGCCAUGGUAACUGAAAGUCCUGCAUUUCAGCAUCUGCACCGGAAGGCCGCCAUACAGAUGUCUACAGACCCACCAAGGAGCAGUAAAGCUAUUUGAGGCACACACCUCACAAGUGGAAAUGUGGUAUUAGCGAUCUGUUUUCUUUCUUGUGGUUGGUUAAGGCAGCUUGGUAACUGACGUCAGCAACGUUUGAGAACUUCACACUUGCUUCCAUGUAGAAUUUUCCCGGAAAGUAAAAGACUGUCCCAUCCAGCCUUGCCUCGGUAUAUCCAAAUUGGAGAAGGAAAAGGCUCUGACUGAAUUCUCUUGAAACUAGAUGGGAAAAAAAAAAUAUUCGUGUUUCCUAAGUGCCUGAGCUAGUGAAGUUUUGUUCUGAGCAUGGAACAUUGCACAAGUGACGAGUGUAGAAGUUAGGUUAAGAAGGGAGAGGGACAGAAAGUCUUGCUUUAGGCUGCAGACAUACAAUGCCAGGGAAGAGUACUCUGUUGAAACCAAGAGGUUUUUAUUGGCCAAAAGGAUUGCUGAAAAUAAUUUUCAAGUUGAAAGACCGAGUUUUAUCUUAGUUUGCUUUCUUUGUACAGACUUGCCAAGGUGGUGACAUUCAGCAAUACACUGGUAUAAGCAAUUAUUCCAUCAGUGCUCAGAUUAGCAAGCAUUCUGCCUUGUCUGCAAACCCCGAGGCACCUUUUUCUUUCAUGGCUCAGAAUGUGGUGCUUCUUCUGUAAACCAUACAUUUAUAGAGUACACCCAGGAGCACUGACCUACUGUGUGCCCACCAGAGGCUAGCUGACUCAUGCCAACUUGAAAACUCCAGUUUGUAAAAGUUUAGCAUAAUUUAUUCCGUUUCAUUUGGACUAUUUCCACAUAUGUAUCCUCUUCAUUUUGUCCCGAUGACGUGUACUAUCCUUGUCAUCCUUUUGGGAGAAGUAGCAUUUCUGGAGGUGAUGAGACAGGGAGGUAGAUAGAUAGAUAGCAUUUGGAACAGAAAAGCCACGAUUUUUAAAUGCUCUUUGUCAAGCUCAAGAUUGCGUUUGACCCCAAAUCAAGAUGAAUGUAUGCAAUGGGAUGUACAUAAAUUAGUUUGUCCAUGCCUAGACUAGUGCUACAUAAUGGUGUUUUGGUUUCAUUUUGUUUUGUUUUUUAUUUUGUUUAAUGACAAAAUAAUCUCUUAAUACAUUGAAAUUGAGCACAUGAGAUUUUAUGUUUGAAAGAUAAAGACACAGCAUGUAUUAUUAUGCACUUCAUUUCUCUGCUGUGUGGAGAAAGCAAUAAAGAAGAAUGUUAAACAUUAUGCAACAUUAUACUUUUAAAUAUUUGUUUUAAAAUUACUGUACCUAGUCCUUUUUGCAUUACUUUGUAACCUUUUUCUAUGCAAAAGUCUACAUAUCACUAAUUAAAUGAAGUCCUUUUUGACUAUU